AUGGGCUUCGGGGAGGACCUGCGUUGCCCACGUGCUCAUGCGGCCGUGCUCAAGCUGCUGGACUCUGAGCUUCACCUGAUGGAGGUCAUGAAGAAGUGGAUGGGCCAGAGGGCGAAGAGCGAGAGGGACUUUGCAGUGCAGCUGCACCACAUGACUCUCCUGGUGGACAAGCAGGAGCGCACCCAUGAACCAGGACCAGGACUGGACCAUAUCAGCCGGGUCAACAAGUCCUGGGGGGUUCUGGUCUCUCAGACGGACCUUCUAAGCCAACUGAUGAGGAGAUGUUCUGAGGACCUGCUGAGCGGACCCGUCAGCAAACUGACACUGCUCAUCCGAGACAAACAGCAGCUCCGCAAAACCUACACGGAGCAGUGGAGCCUCUUGAGGCAGGAGCUCAGCAAAGUAACGCAAAUAGAGGUAGAGAGGCUGAAGGGCAGCUACAGGCAGGCAGCGAGAGAUUUUGCCCACGCAAAGAGGAAGUUCCAAGAAACCUGUAAAGACAAGGAGCGUGACCGAGCAAAGGAACGUUGUGUCAAGGCAACGCUCAGGCUCCACGCGGCGCACAAUGAGUAUGUGCUGUCUGUCCGUGCGGCACAAGUCUACCAGGAGCAGCACCAGGCUCACAUCCUGCCCGCCAUGCUUAAUGCCCUGCAGGCUCUGCAGCAGGAGGUGGUGCUCAUCCUAAAGGAGAUCCUGCAGGAGUAUUUUGAUAUUUCCUCUCUGGUUCAUCAUGAAGUAGUGCACAUCCACAGAGAGAUGUCCACUGCUAUUACAUCCAUCGAUCCGCUCACAGAGUAUGAGAGCUUCAUCCAACAGAACAGGUCUGUGGGGGAGAUUCCUGCUUGUGCAGAAUUUGAUUGCAGUCUUUUGGAGAACGCAGACACCGAGAAACUAAACUCCCAAGAUGUGGAGUUAAAUAACUUAACACUGGAGACGAUCCAGCACAAGCUGACUUCAAUAGAGGAGGAACUGCUGGUCCUGACCCGAUCUCUGGGCUCCCAGCAGGUUGCAGCAGAACAGUUGGAGCUGGAUUUGGAAAUGGAGGGAGGAGGAGGCAAGAAGGGCCAGAGAAUCUACCAACUCAGCAAGAGACAUGCUCUGGAGGAGUAUCGCCAGCAGGUUGCUCUGUCCCAAGGCAGGAGGGCCAGGCUGGAGGUCCAGAGGCUCAUUUUGAAGACAAAGUUGGAGCAGCUGGGCUCCAAAGAACCUCCACCUGCUGUGCCGUUGCAGAACACCGACACUAAACACAACGACAACAACCAAAUGCCAUCCAAGCUCUUCGAGAACGGGUUCAAAAACAACCUGUUUAAUCCCAAAAGUGAACUCAAGUCAGUGGAUCGUCCACUGGAGCAGCAGGCCUGGUACCACGGCGCCAUUCCCAGGCUGGAGGUCGAGCAGCUGCUUCAAUGUGAUGGUGAUUUCCUCGUGAGACAAAGUCUAGAAAAACACGGCUAUGUGCUCUCUGUCCUCUGGGAAGGAUCCUGCAAGCAUUUCCUCAUCCACAACACGGCCAAUCAGUACCGCUUGGACGGGGAGAGCUUCUGCAGCGUCCCGCAGCUGAUCCAUCAUCUGCUGUCCUCACAGCAGCACAUCACCAAGAAGUAUAAUAUACAGCUGAAGAAACCUGUGCUUAAGGACAAAUGGGUCCUGGAACACGAUGAUGUUAUACUAGGAAACAUCAUUGGGCGGGGUAACUUUGGGGAGGUGUACAGCGGAACUUUGCGCUGUGAUAACACUCCUGUAGCAGUGAAGGCCUGUAAGGACAGCUUGGCAUUGGAGCAGAAGAACAAGUUCCUGAUGGAGGCCCGGAUCCUCAAACAGUACGACCAUCCCAACAUUGUAAAGCUGAUUGGCGUUUGUACACAGAAACAACCCAUCUAUAUUAUAAUGGAACUGGUUGAAGGUGGAGAUUUCCUCUCCUUCUUGCGGCACAAAGGUCAAGGUCUGACCCCUAAGACGUUGGUCAGAAUGGCAGAAAAUGUUGCAGCCGGCAUGGAGUACCUGGAGAAAAAGAAGUGCAUUCACAGAGAUUUGGCUGCCAGAAACUGCCUGGUGGCUGAGCAUCACGUCGUGAAGAUAAGUGAUUUUGGGAUGUCUCGACAGCAGGAUGAUGGAGUUUACUCUGCGGAGGGCGGCCUCAGACAGAUACCCAUCAAAUGGACGGCACCUGAAGCACUCAACUACGGUCGUUACACCACAGAGAGUGACGUGUGGAGCUUUGGUGUGCUGCUGUGGGAGGUCUUCUCCUUGGGAAUCCAACCUUACGCCAACAUGAGCAACCAGCAGACAAGAGAUGAGGUCGAAAAAGGAUAUCGCAUGGCGGCUCCACGGGACUGUCCAAUGGAAGUUUCCAGGCUUAUGAGCAGCUGCUGGCAGCAGGAAUCCAAAAAUAGACCCUCUUUUAAAACACUGAGGGCUGAGCUUAAUGCCAUCUAUAAGAAUGUUACAUAAUAGGAGCCAUUGUUUGCUUGUAUCUUUUACUGUAUACAAAUUAAAACACAUAUAUCAGCAAUUAAAUAUUACUUUAAAAAAAGACACUGCAGCAGCAUUAUUUAUUUUGAUUCGAAAAACUGUAUGUGUGACCCACCCAUAAUGUGUCACAUUUUUGUGUUGAUUUAUUUAUUUUAUUUUAUGGUUUGAAUUCGUU